CUAGGAAACACAGUCAAUGCUUGUCUGUAAGAGCAAGGAGACAAUAAAGAACAUGGCACCAUAUAACAAUUGCUGAGGUUUCAAAACAGGAUACAUGAGGAAGUAUACCUCCAUUUUAGAAGAAUCUUGUGUGACAUAGUACAAUAAGAAUGGAUGAUGAUGAUAAAGAUGGAGUAUUUUUUUCUGUUCUUCAGAAAUCUCCAAGCUGACAUGCAAAUAGAAAGUUGAAAUUGUCUAGCUUGUUGAAGGAUGGCACUUUUUUGAAAUUUGGUUUCAAGAUAACAAGAUGGAAUCCCUUCACAAGGCCUCAAUAAGUUGUGAAGAGUCUCGCACUGAUGGUCACACAGACUCAUGUAAAAAAACUGCAGAGGAAGAAAAAUUGGGUUUGCCCAACCAAAACUCCAACUGGAAGCAGCUUAUCAAUGAGUGUUUAAAUGAGGGAGAUGUUUCCAGAUAUUCUAAGGAAUGUCAUGAUAAUCUGAUGUCUGAACAAAUGAGAAUUGAAGAAGGAAACCAACGUGUUUUCAUUAAUAUAGCUGGAUUAAGAUAUGAGACACAGCUGAAGACACUUAAUGAGUUCCCAGAGACACUCCUUGGGGAUCCUCGAAAAAGAAUUCAUUAUUUUGAUUCUAUGAGGAAUGAAUAUUUUUUUGACAGAAAUCGCCCAAGCUUUGAUGGAAUACUGUACUAUUACCAGUCUGGUGGAAAAGUAAGACGUCCAGCAAAUGUCCCAAUAGAUGUGUUUGCAGAUGAAAUUGUGUUCUAUGAGCUUGGAAAUGAAGCCUUAGAUCAAUUUCGAGAUGAUGAAGGUUUUCUAAAGGAUCCAGAAAUACCUUUACCAAAUAAUGAUUAUCACAGACAGUUCUGGUUGCUCUUUGAAUACCCUGAAAGUUCUAGUGCUGCAAGAGGAAUGGCACUGGUUUCAGUUUUGGUAAUCGUUAUCUCCAUACUUAUCUUUUGUUUAGAAACUUUGCCAGAAUUCAGAGAAGAAAAAGAUUUUAACAUUUUCAAGAAUUCAGGGAAUUAUUCAGAAAGUGCAACAUACUUGAACACCUUCACAGAUCCAUUUUUUUUAAUAGAGUCGACUUGCAUAAUAUGGUUUUCAUUUGAACUUGUGGUUAGGUUUGCUGUCUGUCCAAGUUCCUCAGAGUUCUUCCAGAACAUAAUGAACAUAAUUGACAUUGUGUCUAUCAUUCCCUAUUUUGUAACACUUAUCACUGAACUAGUGAAGCAGACAGAGCCCAGUGCACAACAAAACAUGUCAUUAGCAAUUUUGAGAAUUGUACGGCUUGUUAGGGUAUUUCGGAUUUUUAAGUUGUCAAGGCAUUCAAAGGGACUUCAGAUUUUAGGACAAACCUUGAAGGCAAGCAUGAGAGAGCUUGGCUUGUUAAUAUUCUUUCUCUUCAUUGGCGUCAUUUUGUUUUCUAGUGCUGUAUAUUUUGCAGAAGUUGAUGAGCCUAACUCUCAGUUUGUCAGCAUCCCAGAUGGUUUCUGGUGGGCUGUAGUGACUAUGACAACUGUUGGUUAUGGAGAUAUGUGCCCUAUUACGUUGGGAGGUAAAAUGGUAGGAACACUUUGUGCUAUCGCUGGAGUCUUGACUAUUGCUCUCCCAGUUCCAGUCAUCGUAUCAAACUUUAAUUAUUUCUAUCACAGGGAAACAGAGAAUGAAGAACGGCAAUCUUUACCUAUGGAGAUGGACAAAAUUAGCUUAAAUAAUUUAACAAGAUCUGGAAGCACAACUUCUUUAAAGAAAAAUAAUGGGUCAUGUAUCCCUGAUAAAAAUGGAAAAACGUAAACUGUCUAUAACUACAAAUUAAACCACAUAAGGUGACUGAACCAUUCAGAAAGUCUUGCCUAAAAUUUACACAAACCGUUUACUUCUUUGUUCAUAAUUUCAUGUCUUUUUUUGUAAUGGAACUCAAUAAUGGAAAUUUUCAAAAGUGAAGGAGAAUUAAGUAACUUAUUUUACAAUAAAAUGUAAUUAUGAUUUUUCUAUAGCAGAUUAUGUUUUCUGUGAUAUUGGAAUUGUAUUACUGCAUUUAUAACAAAUGCUGUGGUAUUAACUUUUCUCACUAAUAUUUUCUGUAGGCAUGGGGAAAUGUUGUUAUUAUUUUUUGGUUAAGAAUUAGAUUGAAUAGAAGCUUAUUUACAUCCACACUCGAAAGCUUAAAAUGUAAUUGCAUUUUUAGUGUAGUCAUAUUAACUUUCAUAAUUCCUGCUAAUCCUAAUUUGCAUGAGUAGUUGCACUUUGCAAGGGAUUUUUUCCCAGAGCUUAGUUAAUGAGGCAAAGCUCUGCUGACUUCUA